AAAUAAAUUUUAUCAAUAGAUAAAGAAGGAAAUACUUAAAAAAAAGUCCAAAAUUAUUACUAACGUAACAAUGUUUAAAUGCAUGUAUUAACUUGUAAAUUCUAACAGAUAAAAACACUUGUAUUAUUUUUAGGAGAGGAGGAAAUCUAUUUUUUGAAAAGGGCAUCAGUUCACUAGAGAACAUCCAUAGGCAUGUUCACGUGGCUUAGAUCUCUUGCUUCUUGUGCCCCGGGUUAUCUCCCUCAAGAGGCAUAGUGACUUUAUACAGGAAAAAGAGCUUAAUUGAAUAAUUGCUACAGUUUGAGGAGUGGUGUGUCCCUGGCUUACAAUUGGAUUUUAUUGCUCAGUUUACAAUCCGAGGGAGGAUCAUUGUUGCGGUGUAGGUCAUAGUGAUGGUGGUUAGCUGGAGGCCCUUUUGGAGACCCUCAGGACUUAACUUCCAAACUUAGGCCUGGGACUGAUGAUUGAUAUCACUACUUAAGGCUGAACUUACGAUCAGUUUUAUGUUCAACAUACAAUCUUUAUAGAGGAGAGGAACGUUGUCGGAUUGGGUCGUAGGUUAUGAAGGCAGUGAAUCGCUUGAGAUCCUUUUCAGAUGUACAUCUACAUAGUUAACAGGGUGUGGGAGACAGUGUAUGAACUAUAUUUAAGGGGAAUUUCCAUUUCCUUUGUAUAGAUUCCAAGUCACACAGGAAUAAAAAACAACGAACGGGCAGACGUUGCUGCUAAAACAGCCCUGCGCUUACCUGAAUCUGAGCAGCCCGUGUGUGCAAAGGUCUCGUUUCAACCUUCAGAAGAGAGAUAUUAAAAAAAAUGGGAAUCUGAAUGGAUGAAUAUUGGAGACAACAAACUAAAAAAGAUAAAAGACAGCAUUCAUCCCUGGGAAACUUCCUAUCAAACGAAUAGGAGGGAAGAGGUUAUCAUCUGCCGACUCAGAAUUGGACACACAAGAAUCACACACGGGUUCUUGAUGAAAGGUAUUUAGACAGAUAUUUUCCAUAUCUUUGUAAGCAAUUAACAAAUUUGAAAAAAAAAAAUGUCUGAACGAAAGAAAAGGCAAAGUAUUUUAAAAAAGUGCCAACCUACUGUUGAGAAGCUCAUAGAGGAUUUAAGAAACAAAAAAGAAUUGGAUUCAUUUCAUGUUGAUCCUUCUGAUGAGAGCGUAAUAAUGAAGACGAUAAAUGCAAGCACGUUAAAAUUCAAAGAGUUAGAUCACAACUCAAAAUCAACGCCCUUGACCGAUUCCUCAGACUGCAUUUUAGAAAACCCUACCGAUGUAACUGCAACGAGCUGUACAAAAAACGACAACACACUGAUUCAGAAUAAUCAACAACUUAGACAAAAUUUAGAAAGAAAGGUCAAAAGGAACUCAGCACGAGGAUCAUCAGGAAUAAAUAAUGCAAGAGACCAGCUGAUAGAAGAAAAUCUGUUAAAAAAAGCAAAUGGAAUAACAAAAUCGGAAUACCAAAUCACAAUAAAGGCUUUGGUUGAAGAAGUUGAACGCCUAUCUGGCAAGAAAAUCUCUGAUUACCUGCAAUUAACAAAGCUGCAGAAGCUGAUUACCAAUAGCAAUGACGAUAUGGCAGACGAUGUGUUUAAUUACCUGAUGCCAAACUUCGAUAUGCCCCAUAGAAAUUAUGAGUGAUUUCUUACAGAUAGCGAAUAAAGAAUAUUGCAUUUUU